AUGUGUGGAAUUUUACUGGCAGUCAAUCGUCAGACAUGUACAACAGACUUCGAGUCUAUGUGGGAAUCAAUCAGAAUAGCAAACUCUGCUCGCGGUCCAGAUGCACAAGACACCAUUCAAUUCGCAAUGUACUCGGACAAGGAGAUUCGGCUUGACAUCCGUUUCUUUGCUAGCGAACUGAGGCUUCGGGGUGACGAGCUGGUCACUCAACCGCAUCAAAACCAAGGAAAUGUAUUCUGCUGGAACGGUGAAGUCUUCGAAGGCUUGGAGGUGGAUCCUUCUGAGAAUGACGGCAUCAAACUGUUUCAGAAAAUUGAAGCCCUUCAAAUCCCUGAAGCAGAGUUAUCGAGCGUCCUACAAUCUAUCGAGGGACCAUACGCAUUCUCUUACUACCACAAAACGACUGACACAAUAUUCUUCGGGCGAGAUCCGCUUGGUCGCAGGUCCCUUCUCAUUCACAGGCCGACGACUCAAAAUCCUGUUCUUCUGGUUGCAUCAGUAUCUGCAGGAUCGAAUACACCGUAUCCUCUGGAAGAAGUGGGGACCGAAGAAUUGUACUGCGUAGAUAUUAGAAAUUGGCACGCAGCUGAGAGCGGGGAUGCUAGCCGAGUCAUUCGGACGAUUCCUCGAAGAGCGCAUGCAAGCAAUGUUGUCGACUUUGUGAGAUUAUUGGAAUAUUACGAAUUUGGAUUACAUGCUAAUCUACCUGUGAAGAGCGCACCCGUAGAAGUCAACAAAUCCAUCUCUGAAGCUUCCCCGCUCGUAGAUUCGCUCACGGAAAUUCCACCCGUUUUAACGGACGACGUCGAGAACCUAUUAAAUGAGCUCAGCCGUAGUGUCCGAUUCAUGGUACAACAUAUCCCAUUUCACGUAGAAAAAGGCAACGCAAGAGUUGCAGUACUGUUUUCCGGCGGCAUAGAUUCCACCAUUCUAGCAUAUUUAGCUGACUCUUACAUACCCAAAGACGAACCCAUAGAUCUACUUAACGUUGCAUUCGAGAACCCUCGUAAAAUCCAACUCAGGAGCGAAAGUAGCGAAAAUAUCAAAACACGGCGAAAACAGCCACAAAAUCACGGCGUUUCAGACGCACGAGUGAACGGACAGAAAAACGGGACGUUCGAGUCGUAUCUCGUGCCGGACCGUAUUACUGGACUGGAAGAACUGGCAGAGCUGCGAGCACUCUGUCCUCAUCGGCAGUGGAAUUUCGUGGAAGUGGACGUGACCUUCGAGGAAACCUCACAAUAUCGGACGGUCGUCGAAAAUCUAAUGUAUCCAUGUAGAACAGUGAUGGACCUGAGUUUGGCUCUUGCCCUUUACUUUGCGUCUCGAGGGAUUGGCUAUGUUCGCACCGAACUCAAUGGAGAGAGGGUUCCAUAUACGAGUACAGCUCGCGUUCUUAUUAAUGGACUUGGAUCGGAUGAGCUUCUUGGAGGGUACGGGAGACAUCGGACUGCAUACACAUCGGGUGGCUGGCGGGCAGUCAUUGAAGAGCUCCAACUCGAGAUAGAUCGCAUCCCAAAGCGAAAUCUCGGGAGAGACGAUCGCAUUAUAUCAUCGCAUGGCAAGGAAGCAAGGCACCCCUUUCUCUCACUCUCGGUCGUCAACUUCCUCGCAAAGCUUCCAGUACAUCACAAAGUAGACCCACGAUUGCCGCUUGGACUCGGGGAUAAAAUGCUUCUUCGGCUUGCUUCUCGAAAGGUCGGACUUGAAUUGGCCAGUGGCCGGAAGAAAAGGGCAAUGCAGUUCGGCAGCCAUUCCGCUCGUAUGGAGGCCGGACAGUCGGAGAGGAGGGGCGACUUACUUCUGAGUUGAUCUUCUUGACUUAGAACGCAAUCUGAAUAAAC